ACUGACAAACUUCCGGUAUUAGGUUGCUUGUUUAGUUGAUUUCUGCUUUCUAACGGGGUGGAUACCAUUAAAUUUUACAGUGGUUAAUAAAACUUUUUUGUUUACAUUUUACAGACAGUCAACAGUUUAACGAAUUCUACAAAAGGCGUCGUUACUGCUGUAAAGGUAUUUAAGAAGGGAUUUUCGCUCUCUAAAACUCCUUGAACCGGUGAGUGAAGUGAUGCAACAUGGCAGCAACUGCUGUCAGGAGGUGUUUUCUCACAGCUUUGGGCAGACACUCUCAGGGACACAGCCGGGGGCUUACCUCUGUGGCGGACAGGUCAGUGAGGCGGGUGUCCUCUGUGGUCAUCUGUAACCCAAAGACAGAAAACGGAAACAGCAGCCUGGACAGGAGAGCUCCUGCCCGGGACAGAGGCAGUGAUGGACGGGACAGCAGCAGCUCUCUGCUGAAGUCAGUGUCCGUGGGUUUGGGACUGUGUGGUGCGGUGCUUGUGGACACUCAAAGGGACGAUAAGGAGGACAGGAAACGGUUUAUUGAACGUAUUUUGCCUUCAGCCCACUGUGCCUCCCCCUUUAAACCCGACAGCCCUCGGUAUAAAUACAACUUUAUUGCAGAUGUUGUCGAAAAGUCCACUCCAGCUGUGGUGUACAUUGAAAUCGUGGGCAGGCAGCCAUUUUCAGGAAGAGAAGUGGCAGUUUCCAAUGGCUCUGGUUUCAUCAUCAGUAGCGAUGGUCUCAUUGUCACAAAUGCCCAUGUCGUAGCCAACAAGAGAGGUGUCCGUGUUAAACUCACCAACGGAGAGACGUACCAAGCCACCGUGCAAGAUGUCGAUCCUGUGGCAGACAUCGCCACCAUCAAAAUCUCUGCAAAGAAUCCUUUGCCCACACUCACCCUUGGACGGUCGUCUGACGUGCGACAAGGAGAGUUCGUGGUUGCCAUGGGAAGCCCGUUUGCUUUACGAAACACAAUCACUUCAGGAAUAGUCAGCUCGGCACAGAGAGGCAGUAAAGAGCUGGGCCUGUCAAACUCCAACAUGGACUACAUACAGACAGAUGCAGCCAUUGAUUUUGGAAAUUCAGGCGGUCCCUUGAUUAAUCUGGAUGGUGAAGUCAUUGGUAUAAACACCAUGAAAGUCACUGCAGGGAUCUCCUUCGCCAUCCCAGCGGAUCGCCUGAGACUGUUCCUUGACCAGGCAGCAAAAAGAAAAAGUUCCUGGUUGGGUGGGUCAGAGAAUAAACGGCGAUACAUUGGCGUAAUGAUGCUGACACUGACACAGAGUAUUAUUGCUGAGUUGAAGAUGAGAGAUCCAAUGUUCCCUGAUGUGUCGCAUGGUAUCCUGAUCCACAGAGUGAUCCUGGGAUCCCCAGCCAACAGAGCUGGGAUGUUACCGGGAGACGUUGUGUUGGAGAUCAACGGGACGAAGGUGUACACCUCCGAGGAGAUUUACAAGGCUGUUCGCAGUAGUGACAAAAUAACAAUGGUAGUACAAAGAGGAAAUGAGUUACUUCAACUCAAUAUGACUCCAGAGUACACUGAGUGAAGGACAGCAGAAGGGAUGUCCUUUCUAGACCUCUUGUUGACCUCAUGGACUGACAGUCAUGUGGUUAGUUCAUGUAUUUUUGUACAUGAGAAGUAAACUGUGAAACCAGAUUAAACCUGUGGAUGACUGAGCUGUGGACUGUAACUUUAUAAUUUAAGAGUAAUCAACUUUCUUUGUUCUGUUUUUUCACUGUAAGGCCUAAGAAUGUACAGUUUGACAGCAGUGGCCUAAAUAAACGUGUUCAUUCUUGGUU